AUGACCGGUGAUUCCAGAAGCAUCAGCGAACCCUCAAUUAAUCUAGAUCCAGAUAAUACAAGUUUUUCUGAUGAAAACAGCGAUGACUUCUUUAUGGACAAUUCCUAUGAUAUAGAUGAAAUCGAUCAUAGCGAUGAAAGUAAUAGGCAAAGUGUCAUAGUUGACUCUAAAGUCACGGUACCGCCAUCAAAGCAUUCAACUCUAACAUUAUCUGAUAGUGAAGAUAGCGACGCAAAGGAACAACAUCAGUCCCUGAGCAGAUCAUCUAGUAAAAAUGUAAAUAUAGAAGAUAUUACGGAGCCCAAGCCAGACAAACCAUCGGGUCGAACUAGAGGAAGAUCUGUGAUGAAAGAGUCUGUAGUUGAAAUAAACUCAUCUGAAUCUGACUUAGACGAAGACAAAAAUUUUCCCAGAUCUAGGUCAAGGUCCAGGUCAAGCAUAAGAUCAAUAUCUCCAGCGGGAAAAUACAAGCGACAGAAAAGUUCAUUACUGUAUACCUAUGAUGAAAACGAUGACUUUUUCAAGGAACUUGCUAAAGAAGCCAAAAAAAGCACCACUAUUUCUAAAGAAUCGACACCCGACCAGCGGAAGCGAGUUUAUAACAUCAAAUUUCUCUCUAAGCUAGAAGGAACUAUAAAUAAAGCGGUCCAAGUGAAGGUCCUCGGAAAAUACGAAUUUUCAAAAAUACUUCCUGCUGCUUUGGACGGAUUGAUGAAGUCCUAUAAAAUUCCGAAGGUAAUGAAAGAUAUAUACAAGGUAGAGAAUGUUACUCUUUAUUGGAACAAUGCAAAAUUACUCACUUUUAUGACUUGUAAUUCGCUACAUAUCCCACAGGAUUUUGAAAAUGAAGUCUCUGAUAUCGAUGUUACUAUCGUAUCCAAAGAAUACGAAAAGAACUUUGAAGCGACACUGGAAUCAAAGUUAAAGGAAGAAGAAGCUGCUUUACUCAUAAAAGAACGUCAGGAGAUGGAAAGGAAGUUAGAGAAAAAGAGAAAUGAACAAGAAGAGUCCGAAUAUCGCGAGUUUGAAUCCGAAUUAAAAAACGUAGAAGAAACACAAGAAAUAAAAGAAAAUGAUACAGUUAUGAAUACAAAACUUCUGCAAGAGGGUGGCUCUUUGUCAGGAAAUAGUAGUAGCAUGGAAGAAGUUAUGAGAAUCGCUCUCAUGGGUCAAGAUAACAAAAAAAUCUAUGUCCAUGUUAGGCGUUCAACACCAUUUUCUAAAAUUGCCGAAUAUUACAGAAUCCAGAAACAGUUACCACAAAAGACGAGGGUUAAAUUACUUUUUGAUCAUGAUGAAUUGGACAUGAAUGAGUGUAUAGCCGAUCAGGAUAUGGAAGAUGAAGACAUGGUUGAUGUCAUUAUUGAUUGA